AUUUUCGUGACCAUCAAAGGUUCCUGAUCUAAGUGGUAUUCAAGUUAACUAAUUGAAAUUCAUAAAAAGUUAUAUUUUGUGAGAAUUUUGAAACUUCUUCUGUAAUCUGUUUUUCGGCAAUAAAAAAAAUGUAUAUUCAAGGCAUCUCAUCAUUUCUUGCAAUGUUGCUGAUCUCCAGCUGUGUGUUUACAAAGGGAGAUCAAUACAAAGAAGUUCUUCGCAUCCUCAAUUGUGUUUCCAAAUCUGGAGAUCAACAGUUAUGUGACGGAAUUUUGACCUGCAAUGCCAAACUUGCAAAACCGUACAAAGAUGCUUACAAUGACUGCGUCAAAAUAUUUCUUCCAAAUGGAAUCGGACAUUGUGAUGAAAACUCAGAAUUGUAUUAUUCUGAAGAAACUCGAAGACAGAUAAAUGGGUGCAUCCAGUAUAAAGUUGCUGAUGAACAAUUAACUGAUGAACAAGAAAAACAAAUGGAUGAAUUUGAGGAUUGUGUAUUAGCACUUGGACAAAAGGCUGGAUGCGACUCCUAAAAGUGAAACACCAAAGAGUGGUAAAAAUGAAAAUACAUGUUUCUUCUAUUUGGAAACAAAAAUACUUCUGAAUUGUAUUAAUUUCAAUUGCCACUAAUUAAUUAUAUAAACAAAAUAAAAAACUAAGUUUUAGAAAUGA